AUGGCAUGGGAGCUUGAGGGUCUGAUAGCGCUUCUGCUGAUGCACAUCUCAUGCGCUGGUGAGAAUGGUUGUUCUGUGAGAGAGCUGCUGAAGGCCAUCCGCGACUCAUCCGCCACCGCUGGCUCCUCUUUAGCCACCAUCGAUGACCAAAAGGCAGACAGUGCAGCCUCCAUCAUAUGGGGCUGGAUUGUUGCGAGGAGCGAUGUGUCAGUUGGCCGUGGGAGACGGUACAACCACCUCUCUCUGCCCGAGAUCUUAGCCCUGCCACAGCUCGGUGAGCGAGACAUUGAUGCUGCGAAUCUGCAUCAAGCACCCGAUGAUAAUUCUCAGAAGGAGACGGCGGUCCAGGAUGAGGUCCGUGUGUCCACCUCGGAGGCUACCAUGUGGGAGGCCAUCACCGGCCAUGCCGUCGACUACAAACGCGUCCCCCGCUCCGAGUGGCUUCUGCUUCUCGGCAUAGCAUCCAGCAGGUCAAACGGAAUUCUCCAGGGAGAUCUGGGCCGCCUGGUCGACCAGGACAAGCGCUCGGUGCCCAAGCGAACUGAUGCCCUCGUCCGGAAAGGAUACAUCACGAAGAGGACGACGCUCGUCAGGGGGACCAAGACAAGCAAGAUAUGGCUCAAAUCCUUCACUCCGCCGCUGCUUAAUGAAGCCGACGCCAACGCCAACGCCAGCGCCAACGCCAAUCCCGAAACUGAGAUGAAGUUGUCCCAUCAAACCCUAGCCGGGUCGCUCGACCCCGUACCUUGGCAUGUUCGCUGGACCGGCACGGACAUUGACUACAUUGCACUAGCCACCACCUUUAUGGCUGUGACCAAGGAGUGGGAUGUCAUCCGCAUGCAAGACCUGAAGUCGAAGCUCGGUGUUCUCGGCAUGCGCUGGCAGAUGAAGAUCGUCUCCAAAACCUGCAGAUUCCUCAACUCUCGUGGUGUCAUCCAAUAUGUCUCUGCCAAGCUCGACAACCGGGUCUUCAAAGAUUGCAUAAAGUACAAUCGCGACUUGAACCCGGACGACUGGGCAAUAUAUUUGUCAACGGGAAAGCGGAAUGGAAAGCCGUCGUCUAGAGCAGGAGGCGCCAAUGGCGGGGAGGGUGAUGAGGAAAACUGCCCGCAACGCGCCAGCAGUGCUCGACUCAGCGUGUUAUGCCCCUGGAGCAUGGACAAACCACUACCUCAUACGAUUGCGAGUAUGGUCCAGUCGUCAGGAGAUAGCGGACUGUCGAACCCGGACAUCUACUCCUUGACGCUUGGUGUCACCUUCAACCGCUUCCUGGCGGCCAUGACUGGGUCCAUGGCAACACCUGGCAUCCAGCCCGCCCACCUGGAACACCUGCAGCUAAGGAGCGAGCAUGUUCGCACGGGUAAGGUGGCCGCUUAUCUUUUCUUCACUCAGCCAGCUACAGCAAGCACCCGAGACAGUCGCUCCAACUUGGCCGUUUCGGCGUCGGAGUCCAUCGAUACGGCCGUUUCGGCCUCAAAAGACUGCACAUCAUAUGGUUUCAGCCCAGUUACAGCGCCACCUCCGGUCACAGAAACGCCAAUGUCCUUGUCCGACAUCUGCGGUCUCCGAACACCUCACGGAGGCCUCAAAUCUGGCCGGCGAGGUAGGCCGAAAAAGGCUGCCUUGAGGGAGUUGAGCAAGACUCGAUCGCCUGAGCCGUCGAUAGACGGUGACGGUGAUAACGUAGAGCCGGAGCUGGCUUCAAACACCUCUGGAUUGGAGUCGGGUACAGGCCUCCUUGUCAUCAUGAAACUUCGGUCGGAGCUCCUGCUUGAGGCGAUGAGCAUGGAUCAACCGACUCAAGACUUGGUCAAGGUCGAAAGCCAGACGAGACAACACAUCCGGCCUACCAGAAAGGUAGAGCCGUCGGUAGAAGUUGAAGAAGAUUCACGAAGCAAUGCAGAAGAUCUAGUUGAGGAGGAUUCGAAUCUGUCUACUCCAGCUCAUGAGAGCCAUGGCCGCGGGCGUGGACGUGGACGUGGUCGCGGUCGCGGUGGUAUCCGGGGGCGAGGCCGCCCACGUGAGUCGUUGGCCAAGGUAGCAAAGGCUUUGCGGCCAUGGAAAUGUGAGACCUGUGGCGGCAGCUGGAAGAAUGAUAUUGGGCUGAAGUACCACCUUGAAAAGUCACGAACGACUUGUAACCCAUCUUACACUGCGCCAACUCUCCCCACCGGACGUCAAGGAAAAAGGACUGCCUUCUGGAGGCCAACAAUAUCCGGCGCGUUGGAUGAAUCUGUUAAAAGUUCUGCCCAAGAAAAGCGCCCACUGACCCCUGGUGGGAGCAGUGUCGAGCAUCGCGGCGAAUCGCCAAUGUCGACAGUACGCAGCCACAGGAAGCGGCGGCGAUCAGCCUCAGAAGAGCAUCAAGAAGAAAGGGAGUCGCCACGAAGCCGAGGCAAAGUGUUCAGUAUCUCAUCGCCACUAGACGACGUGUCCUGCCAGCAGCAUACGAUAGAUUCUGGGGAACCGUCCCAAAACCCCCCUGCUCGACGGCCUACUCAGCAAGCUCUGCUGCAGACCGAGGCGAUCCAGCCGCGUCAAAUCCCAGUCCUUCAUAAAACCAGUCGUCCCAGCAGCCUUGCACCUUCACUACUCGAGAUCGAAAGCAACUCUGGUCACCCAGAAGUCGAACUAAGCACAGCCAGCGUCUUGCCAACUCCACCUAGCCGCAGGGGCCGCCCUAGAAAGGACAAGAUUUUGAUUGGGCGCUUAUGCAGCAUCAUUUCAGACAUGCUGAAGAAGAGCGGCGGUGCAAUCCUGGGAGGAAGCUCUCUCUGGAACGCUGUCGUCACAGCCUGGGGUGCUGCAUACCCCACAGAUGCUCUCCCUUUGGAGAAGGAUCAUCUGUCUGCGUUGAACAACCUGCUGCAGAGUAGCUUGGUCGUCGAGCACUGGCAUGCUUUUCGAGAUGAGAAGGGCUUGUUUAUCAAAUGUCAGCUGAUCACCACCCCUGGCCUGGAUGCUUUCUCUCCCGCAUCUCUCAGAUUGAUCGAGGAGGCGAAGCAGUCUCAGUUCCAACAUUCUGUGCCAGCUCCAGACGAAACCUCCAGCGUCGAUCCGUCUCCAGAUGGAAAGGUCCGCGGACGUCGUCAUCUGCCGAGGGAAGUGGCGACACUGGAUGCCCCUGUCUACGCCGCGCAGCUGGCCGCCAAGCGGGCUGGCGAAGUCGACAGCCCCCGCCGCAAUAAGCUGCCGAAGUACUCUGUGAGGCAAAAAGUUGGAGGCACAGACGAACUAUUGCCAAAUCCCCGUCGCCAAGGUGGCAAGAAGGUCGUUUUCGACAGCAGCAGCUUCGGUCCUGAAUUGUUGACGACGACGCUAAAUUAUGCGUCGGAAAUCACGCAGAAAACGACACAAAGGGGCACCACUAUCCGCUUCCUCGAGCCGAACACGUAUCUGGAAGACGACUUUUCAGGCGUCGGUUCGCAGAGAUCUCGUCCGCUUGUAGCCCAUGGCAGCAACGCAUCCCGCCCACAACAACAGGGAGAAACAGGGAAGCAGUCGCGCCUUACCUUCAACUUCGAUCCGGAAACGAGAAUUUCUGCCAUCAACGGGAAAUGGCCGUUGUUUGAUGUCGCACAGUUCGAACGCCUUGGUACUAGUUUCACGCUGGACGGUUGGUUACCUAGCAGCAAGUGGUUUGAAUGGUCGGAAAUGAUGCACCAGGUCGAGAAACGGUUUGGAGCUCGAGGCCAAAGGAACAAUAAUGUUUCUGCAUUGGCAGUCGACCCAUUCCGACGUUUCGUCAACAAGCUUUUGGCCUACUUGGAUGUAGAGUUGUCAAGGGAGUCGCACUUUAUUCAGGGCGCGGCGGGCGAGGCCGGUCCUCACAACAUCUUCAUUCGAUUCUUUGUCGACUCCGACGUACACACAUCUCAACCACAUCCAAAAUUGCGCUGGCCGCCCAGUGAACAAUUGACGCAAUCAACGAUUGCCAGGCUGGCAGAGGAUGGGUAUACGUCAUCGGAUGAGGACGAAAUUGAGGCCUCGGUCAACAGAUGGCUGAGAAGAUCGGCGCGAAGAGCUAGACGAGGUCAAGAAACGACCAACGGGAGACAAGAGAAGAUCAAACGUGUCGCUCUCGUCAGCCGUGCCCUCACUGCCAUUCCAACGGGACAGGGAGGCGUGGAUGAGACGGAGACAUAUGCGGAGCUUUCAGAGAUGACCAACCAUGCCGAGGUCAUGGCCGCGCUGGUAGCUGUUCGCUCGCUGCUGGGUGGUGCAGACAAGGCUAUCGACUGGGGCAUGCUCGUGAAGCUGUUCCCCAAAAUGGAACUUUUGCAUCUGAGACGGUUCUGGGCGACUGCGCGCAAGGAGCAGGGCGCAUACGUCGCCAAGUUUACGCGCGUUUUUCAGGAGAAACUUAUCACGGCGCUCGAAAACGACGAGCUUCCGAUGAUCGAUUACGAGAAGGCGGCGGACUACGACUGGGAGAGGCUCAUACAGUGGACGAUGCAGCUCCCCCUUCGAGAGGGGUUCCAGAUACCGCCAUCGAGAGAACAGCUCAACAGGCGCUACUCCCUCGAGGAUGUGAAGGCGCUUCCGGACGAUUGGAGGGAGAGGUACUUUCACCCUCUGACGUCGAUUUUCUCCCGCUUCGAGGCCGUCACGUCCCAAGCUGGGGCAGUGACGCUGGACGAAGCCGCGCAGGGUUUGAACAUGUGGCCGAUGACAAAGAUUGAUGAGCUUGUCAUUGCCAGGUCGUGGAUAAAAUCACUCUGCAGCACUGGAGCUACGAGAUACUCGAGCGAGCACAUAAAGAACAAGUUUCACGAAUUGUGCCCGGAAAACAGGGAGCGCAGAUCUGCCGUGUUCUGCGAGGCGAUCGCGCAGCUGACGGAGCAGCGGGUUAUAUGCCGCAGCAGGAAGCCGCUGCUCGGGGGUCGGCCAUACCGGCUGAACGAGUGGUACGUCUCCACCUUGGCCAAGAUGGCGCAGGGAGGCAAAUACGACGAGGCGGCGGAUUUCAAGGCGCAGCUGGAUGAGGCCUUUCGGAGUGAGGGCACGAUGAUGGUGCCGUACACCAUCAACGACGGCGCGAUGAUGGCGCUGAUGAACCUGAACGGUUCCGGACGGAUCCAGCUCGUACCCGUGGGCGUGCCCAACAUUCCCUUCGGUUUCGAGCCGGGCAAUUACGAGAGCCGGAAGUACCCCAAGUCGUACUACCACUUUGGGCUCGAGGUGGUGCCGACGAGCACGUACCAGUUCAGCGAGGACAUUGAUGUGCUCCAGGCCGUCGUCGCGAACAAUCCGCCGGCGGGACGUUCGGGCGCCGAGGUGCCGCAGUGGAUGGAUUUCUUCGGCGCGUGCGACACGGAGAGGUGGGCCGACGUCCUCGGCGCUUUCUGCUUCGCCUUCGCGACGCGGGGGUGCAUGAACAUGGAAGGCAUCUGCAGCGUGCUGCACCCGAUGCUGGACGAGUUUGAAGCCGAGCUCCUCGUGACUUGGGCGCGACGGACGGGGGUUCUGGCCGACGCCGUGGAUGGCAUGGCCACGACGGUCGGAGAAUGGUGGUGGCUCGCCGUGCCGUGGCUACGCCGUGCCGCCCGCCAAGUGUGA